AUGAGUUCCAAAACCUUCAUCGAAGUCGAUUUAAAAGCAGAGCAAGCCCGAAUCGAUUCGAUACAAGCAAAAUUUCUAGAAGUCGGCACGGAGGAGGAUGAGCUCAAGUAUCAGACUAUUAUCCAAUCAUGCAGAGAAUUCAACACAACAUUCCAUGACGACGAGUUCCCUCUCACAGAUGAGAGUAUCGGGAAGCAGUUGAAUAAGAAUAUUCAGGAACAACUGAAGCAAGUGAAGACGCUUGACUAUCUUCCACCGCAUAUGAGACAACCGAUGAUGGAAUUUGUCAAUAAUGCUAUAAAAAUUCAAUGGGCACGUGCGGAAUACGAUAGCUUUUGGUUCGACUACAACCAUUUCCAUGUCUAUCAGAAUUCCUAUGGAAACUGUGGUCUCGUUGCGUCGUUAUCUGCAAUUUCAGCACAUAACAGUCUCAUUAAGUUCUUGUUCCGCGACUUUGAGAUCAGUCCGUACGGGGUUUAUCAAGUGAAGUUAUGUCUAGAUGGAGAGUGGAAGAUUAUAGUGAUUGAUGAUUAUAUCCCUUCUCUAGGUCAAGUUUUCAACACUACUGGCUGCUAUGCAGGUGUGGACAAUGAUAUGAUUUGGGCGUCUCUUAUCGAGAAGGCACUUGCUAAGCUCCAUGGAAGUUACGAUAUUCAGGAUGGUUUCUGUGAUAAGUUGGCACUGACUGUACUCACUGGAAUUCCAGCAAUCCAUUUGAUAAUCAAGACUUUUUCAAAUAAGCGGGAUGAGUUGUGGGAAAUAUUGAAGGAUGCAAGUGCCAAGAAGUUUCCGAUGGUCUGUGCGAAUAAGGUUACGGGAGAAAUUGAUAGGAAGGAUCGUCGACCUGAUAUCCUAACCAAGCCCCAUUUCCGCCAUGCCUUCACAAUCAUGACUUGCUUCGAAUUUGGCUCGAAUCGUGUCCUCAAAAUCCGUAAUCCGUGGGGACACAACGGAGAGUACACUUUUAAUGGGAAAUGGACUACUCCGGAUGGCUCAUGGGAGAUUUAUAAGAAUGACACGGAGAAUUGCGGGUAUUGGGAGAUGAUUGGCUCGUUUUGGAUUGAUUUCGAUGAGUUGUUCACCUAUUUUUUUGAUGUGAGUAUAAGCCGCUAUCGUGAUUGCUGGAGUGAGAUUCGUUUAAAUAUGGCUAUCGGCGGGUUGUAUGAUGAUUCGCAAAAAAUGAUCAAAAUCAGUGUCUCCGAAGAGUGUGAUGUCUGCGUGAGCGCCGUCAAACCUAAGUAUCAUAAGCAACGGUACCACACAUGGAUCUCAAUUCACCGCUCGGACCCAUCAAACCCGGAGAAAAUCCUCCAAGUCAUGCUAUGUGAACCAAUUGACAGAAUCUCAGAAGACGUUCACUUGCCACCUGGAGACUAUAUUAUGAUUGUCUCGAAUUUCUACGAAUCAUCUAAGAAAGAAGAACGAGUUGUUGCUAUCCACUCGUCGAGAGCCGUCACUGCACAGUUUUGUACCUGGAAUCCGAAUGUUUUAGUCAAUGUCUAUCAGAAUGUAGUGGCAGAGAAGGGAGAAGAGAUUCCAAACAAAAAAGAAGAAGGUGCCAGUAUCAAAAAGUAUUCAAGUGACACUUUUGUUAUAGUAAUGGCUGAAAAUUGCACAGAUGACAAAUACCUCCAUGUGGACACCCGCUGCUCAAAAGUUGAAAAAAGUUGGUUGUCAAGAGGAGAUGUAUUCAAUCAUCACUAUGAAGAUGUGAUUCCCCCAAAAUCUCGACAGAUUCUGAUAUUGAUGUAUCGUUACAAAUGGAUCGAUCAAAAGGGCUUCCCGAUGAAGAUCAGCUAUUAUUUAUCGAAUAGAAAGAAGAAAUUUUGGAGAUUGUAUACAGUAGAACAUUUCCCAAGUAUUGCUCCAACUGAUUACGUUCAUCAGACGGUUUUGAUGAAUUAG